AUGGAUCUUCAUUUGCUAGACGAUAUGAUUCUUUAUGACUCUGACUUCGACGAUGAGUUGGAGACAAUCGGGAUAGCUAUUAUGGAAGGGCAACGACUAGCAGCCAAUACUUCAUCAAGAUCACGGCAUAAUUCUAGUCAACGCCGCAAAUUCAUUUGGCGCAAUUCUUUGCAAGGUCACCAAAGACUCUUUCUAGAUUAUUUUGUUAAUCCACCAGUAUAUCCUUCCAAUGUAUUUCGGAGGAGGUUUCGAAUGAAACGUUCUCUUUUUCUCCGCAUUCAAUUUGGGGUAGAAGCUCAUGAAUCAUAUUUUGUCCAGAAAAGAAAUAGUACCGGAGUGCUCGGUUUAUCUUCCCUUCAGAAGAUGACUGCAGCACUUAGAAUGCUCGCUUAUGGAGUAGCAGCUCAUUUUAUGGAUGAAUACUUGAGGAUUGGAGAAAGUACCGCAAUGAAGCGUAUUUUAUUUUGUCAAAGCGGUGGUUGA